CCGAGACUUGGCAUUUGGUUGAAUCCCAUGCGUCAAUUCCUGCAGUCGUUCCUGGCGAAGGCGGGGGUGGCGGCGGCGGCGCCGUCAUCGCAAUCGACCGCGUCGGCGUCCAAGAACAUUGCUAAGGAGCGGUUACAGAUCAUCCUGGCACACCAACGUGGGUCCCAGGCGCUGAGCGGGGUCGACCUCAACGCUCUCCAGGCCGAGCUCCUUGCGUGUGUGCAGCGCCACAUUGCGGUCGCAGACGGCGAGAGAGUCAACAUUGCGGUCAAGCACGAAGGCAGCCUGGACAUCUUUGAGAUGCAAGUUCCCGUCCACCCGCAUGCGGUUCGCACAACGCCGUCGGUGUAAUGCAGGCGUAUUCAUUUUCGUCGACACGAUCGCGCGAUGUUAUCUAUUUCUCGUACAACGCCACGGUGUACUUGGCAAAUGGCUGGCACUGUGUCGAUGGGGUGAAAUCCUCGUUCUCUCGACCCUGUCGAGAACGUACCUCCAUGUGACUGAUG